AUCACUUCAGGGCUCGGUCAUUCAAGUACGAGACCUGCAGGAGAGUCAAACACACGUCGAAACAAUAACGAGACCACAGAGAGUUCAGGUGCCGAGAUGACUAACGCAUCACAUGAAGGAAGUACGCGAAUAGCGCACGGUCAUUUGCAUACAUCUGACGCAACAAGUAAAACCACAAGCUAUUCGACAGAGAAAACAGCACAAGCAACGACAACAGUUUCACACCAUGCAAGCACGACAAAUACAUCGGCAAUUAGCACAUCAGCGGCACUUGUUACAGAGCAAGCCAGCAGUACCACGACAGGUGCGACUAUCUCUUCGAAGACAGCAACUUCAACUCAUGCACUCAGCACAGCUACUGAAAAACUCCACCCCUCUGCGAACAAAUCGGAUAAUAUGAAUGAACACGACAGCUUUUACGGUUCCAAAGAAGGCGCAGUUGUAAACUUUACGAGAACAUCAACAGAAAAGAGUACAAAGUUAGCAACUAUCGGUUUUGGCACACCUGAGAACGAGAAGAAUGUAUCAAGUUCGGCAACGAUGGAAACCGUAUCACUAGACACAGUAAAGAUCACACACAAGUCCCAUACGGAUGCGACAACUUCUACGAGCGUAUCAGGUUCAUCCAUUUCUGAAACAUCGAACAGCUCAAGGACUAUUCUGGCAACCACUUCUCAAGCAGCAACAUCCACUGAUAACACAGCCAUUCGAACAGAUCGUAUUUAUACAAACGCCACUUUCAAACCAAAUGGAUUCGAAAACAAUGGCAGCCGACACACUUCAACCACACGAUCGUAUAGCACGUCAAUCAAUGAGAGCACGAAACAGGCGUCUCUUGAGUCUCACAUAUCUGAAAACACAAAUAUUGUUUCUAAUUUGCCAACAGUGGAAUCUGUAAAUCUCCAGACAGCAGAUGUAACACAUCAGCCAAUCACUUAUAUAACAGAUUCCUCACAGAUAGCAACAGAAUCUGAUGCGGACCAAACACAAAAUAACCAAAGUGUCUUGACAAGUACUUCCGUAGCUUCUGCAACUGAUAAAAAGAACAUGGCCACUGGAACCGAUCAGACAGCAACACGCAAUGCAAGCAUUGAUCACAUCCAUAAUGCUACCACAGCAAGCCCAGUUACAGGAUCAGUUAGUAUAUAUACAAAUGCACCUACAGGAAUGUCGCAUGGGUAUUUCCAAAUAUACGAAAACUCAAGUAGAGCAUCGAACACCUCAACAGGGCAAGCAGGAGCUGCCCAAACAACAAAUAACGCCACACGACUCGAGAACACAGACGAGACAACUACCUCCGUUAUAACAAGGACAUCUGUUACAACACUAAGGAACACCAGCGAAAGUUUGUUCACAAGCACUUCUACUUCAUCAGGAACCCAUGUGCAACACCACAAAUACUAUGACUACCACUUCGAAGGCACAAUCUUCAACUCAUGUACUCACCCCUACUACUGGGAUAAGGCAGCCCUCUGGGAAUCCACAAGAUAA